AUAAAGAUAGACUAGCUGAAACUGAAUGAUGUCAGGGCAAAAUGGGCUUUUGAUAUGAGCCAUUAGAUUCCCCCAACGUCAGAAAAAAGUGAAAAAACCAUAAUGUUGUGUUCCUAACUUGCUAUAUUAGAAAAUAAAGAAAAUUCUUUUAGAUCCUCUGUUUUGCUCAGCUCUGCUCAUCCCCAGAUCUGUAUUUUUUUCUUCUUUCCCAUUAGAUCUCACCAUUUCUUCAUUUCCCACUCUCAAGACCUCACAAAAGCUUUUUGCCUAAUCCCAUAUUUCAAUCGCCAUUCGACCAAUUCAUGAAAUAGAUCUUAAAGAUCCAAUUUUAAGCAGCAGCCCACCAUCAUCCUCUUUCUCCCUAAUUAAUGGGCGCCUCACAGUCGGCUCAAAUCCCAUCUGAAGACGAGCAGCAAGAAGAAGAGGAAGACGAAGACGAUGAUGACGUGGAAGAAGACGACGAUGACGUCGUUCGGCACAGCAUUCAGAAUGACACGCGAGAUCCCGCCAUGGUGAAGAAGAUCCUGGAGCAGGAGCCGGAGAUGCUGCCGUGCCACGCGUCGGCGUCCCCGCUCUCCCCGCAGCUCUCCACCUACGGCACUCCCCGGAUGGGCCCGUCCAUCAAGGUGUGGGACCCUUACAACGUCCUCGCCCCGCCUCCGCCCCUUCCCCCGCCGCCGACCCACUUCCGCAGCACCUUCUCCGGCGCCUCCGCGGCGGACGAAGACCGGGCCAUCACCGAGGUCUACCUCAUCAGCCACGGAGAGUGCCACAUGAACCUGAGGCCCGAUUUAAUCGCCGGCCGUUGCCCCGAGGCUGCCCUCACGCCCAACGGCAAACGGCAGGCGCGGGCCCUGGCUGUCUUCUUGAAGUCGCAGGGAGUGAGGUUUAGUGCGGUGUACACUUCACCAUUGGAUCGGGUUCGGGCCACAGCCCUAUCUGUUUGCCAAGAGUUGAAUUUCUCGGAGGAGGACGUAGAAUCAUCGGAUGGUUUAACAGAGAUGAGCCAAGGGCACUGGGAAGGUUGCCACAGGUCGGACAUAUUCACAGGUGAGAUAGUAAGCAUAAUGGAGAAAUCAGAGCCUGAUUUUUGCGCCCCAUCUGGAGAGUCCCUGAGGCAGGUGGAGUUCCGUAUGGUUGAGUUCCUGAAUAGCACACUCACAUCCUUCCCCAUCAAGUUGAGGCCCGAUUUCUCCCCACCCGACCACCCGACCGAAAGCCCGAUACCACCCCCCAACUGGGACUUGCUCCACAGGCACCGCCACCGCAAGAAAUCCGGCAAGAGCCGGCUUCAGGUCGUCACAACUGGCGAUAACGAGGCUGAUGACGAGAUGUCCCCUCGUGUCCCCAUUGUCCGAGACUUGAGUGUUAGGACAACUAGUAACAACAAUACUACUAAUAAUCACCAUUUCAUUGUGUCUACUUGUGUUGGGGUUUUCACUCACCCCACACCCAUCAAAUGCCUGUUGACCGGAAUCCUCGGUUGCAGUCCGGCUAUGUCCAACAAGAUUUGCGUCGAAGAUUCUUCGGUCACCGUGCUCCAGCAUUCUUGGAAGCUCGGCUGGCAGAUUAAGAGAUUGAACGAUACAUCACAUCUUAGGCUUCUCUGAAUUCUUUUAUAAUUACAUACUCAGACUGAGUGUUUUUCAUUAUUUAUUCUACUCUACUUAUUGUUACUGUAUUUUGGGUUGCAUGAUUGAUGGGUUGUCCAUAUUCCAGUGAGAGAUUACUAGUUUGAUACUGGAGUUUUGGGGCAAGCGGUCAUGAUUUCAUUCUUUGUGUUUGUAGCAUUAAUUUUUUUAGUCUCUGCAGACAUAAUUUUCCUAUCUGCAAGGGAUAUUUCAAAUUGUUAUGAAAUUCUUGUUUUGUCAUUAUUCUUAUCCUUUGACAUUUUGAGUUGGAAUUCAUAAGACCACACUUUGUUGUAG